CAGCCAGACAGAGCGAUACCACAGGACCGCCGCCCGUUACGGCUACGAGCACCGACAUCUCGCUUGACCAGUUACCGAUCUUUGCGGUUCGACUCCCCAUAACCAUGCGUCCGUCUGCCGCGGCUCUGCUCGUGCUGUGCGUGGCCGCCUGCUGCGCCAUGCCCCAAAGCCGCCACCGCUCCCGCAGCUGCACCUACUGGUGCAAGACGCCCACCAACCGGUUCUACUGCUGCGAUGACACGCCCAUCACACAUCGGCCGCCGGUUGAUCAGGGCCACCAGGGCACGUGCCCGCCGGUGCGGCCGUUCUGCCCGCGCCGCUCUCUUCAGUCCGUCGGGCCGCGCCCCUGCCGCAGCGACUUCCAGUGCGGCCGCGCCGACAAGUGCUGCUACGACGUCUGCCUCAAGCAGCGCGUCUGCAAGCCGGCCCAGUUCUUCUGAUUCUCGGCGGCGGGCGAGGUAUCUGUCCCGUCACUGGCGGGCGGGUGCUGGCUGAUUGCACGGCGCUGGCUCUGAUGAGCGGGUGCUGACUGAUUGCACGGCGCCGACUCAGACAGGCGGGUGCUGACCAAUCGCACGGCGCUGGCUCUGAUGAGCGGGUGUUGACCGUACGGCGCUGGCUCUGACGGGCGUGUGCUGACUGAUUGCACGGCGCUGGCUCUGUUGAGCGGGUGCUGACUGAUUGUACCUCGAUGGCUCUGAAGGGCGGGUGCUGACUGAUUGCACGGCGCUGACUCGGGUAUCCAAUACGCGGCGAGCUUGUUGCGGCUGGUGCUCCCUUUUGAUGACGCCUUGGAUUGACUGCGACAGAGUAUUACUCUGUAGCUAAAUCUUAUGUUGGUUUUACUACCCAUAACAGUUUUUAAAUAAAAAGACUGCUGUUUUACGGUGCUUUUUUACCGACCGAUGCCCAUAACGAUACAGAUACAGGCUAAAUUGCUGCAAUCAUUCAGGAAUGUACUAUGUGAUGCAUCGCAAGCGCGCGGCACCGGUAAUUUGUCUCGAACUGUCCCUACACCAUGCAAUGUCGUGUCAUGGAAGCAGCUGCUGCACGUGGAUUUGUCUCAAUAAAUACUCAUCAGAACAGUGCAAAUGUGGUUUGGAUUUACC